AUGGGCAAGCUCAUCAAGAACCACUGGGCGCGGCUCAUCGUCCUGACCGCAGCGACUUAUCAACUGGCCGCCGGCAUCGAGGGCUUCUUCUGGCCCAAAAUCUUCUGGGACUUCCUCACAAAGAACCUCGACGGAGCAGUCAAACCUUUUCCAGCAUUACAAAUCGUCAAUGUCGUCUUGGCUAUAUUGAUCUUUGCUUGGGAAUGGCCCUUCCGACCGGUGGUCAAGCUAUUACCUGGAUUGCACCGCAGCAUGGAGGCGAGGCUGGUGGUUUAUCCCUUAGCAGCCCUUGCUGGGGUCUUGAUAUAUCAAGGUACCAACUCAGCGCUGUACUAUAUCAUUGGAGUUUUGGUGUAUUUCUGGGCCUAUUCAGAGGGAGAGACUGUCUGUGCAGAGCCUUGGACUGUCCCAAAGAGAGCGGGUGCCGGACGUGGCAAAGUAUAA